AUGUCACUAGCUGCUUCUCGCGCAUUGCUCUCCCGUGUUUCCACUUCUGCUGUUCGCUCAUCCUUCUCGCUCAAUGCUGCUAGAGCAUUCUCGAGCUCCAUUGUUGCCCGUAAUGCACCUACUUCUCUUCACCACUUCACCGAAGAAGAACUCAUGCUUAAGGAUGCUGUCUCACGUUUCGCUCAAGACGUUGUUAAGCCCAAGGUUCUCGAGAUGGACGAGAACGAGCAUUUGGAUGAAGUUGUUUUGAAGGGUUUGUUCGAGCAGGGUCUUAUGGGCGUGGAAACUGAAGCUGAGUACGACGGUUCCAACUGCUCCUUCACCUCUGCCAUCAUCACCAUUGAGGAGUUGGCCAAGGUUGAUCCUUCCGUUAGCGUUGUCUGUGACGUCCAGAACACUCUAGUUGGAACCCUUUUCCGCAAGUAUGCCAGCGAGGAUAUCAAGCAAAGAUACCUUCCUCAGUUGGCAACCAACAAGGUUGGAUGCUUCUGUCUUUCCGAGUCUGGUUCCGGAAGUGAUGCUUUUGGCUUGCAAACCAAGGCUGAAGACAAGGGUGACCAUUAUGUCUUGAAUGGAUCCAAGAUGUGGAUAACCAACUCCAAGGAAGCUGAUAUCUUCUUGGUCUUUGCCAAUGUUGAUCCUUCCAAGGGUUACAAGGGUAUUACCUGCUUCGUUGUCGAGAAGGAAUGGGGUGUCGAAAUUGCCAAGAAGGAGUCUAAGCUCGGUAUUCGUGCUUCCUCUACUUGCGUUCUCAACUUUGAUGACAUCAAGGUUCCCAAGGAGAAUGUCCUUGGUGAAGUAGGCAAGGGUUAUAAAUACGCUAUUGAGAUUCUCAACGAGGGUCGUAUCGGUAUUGCCGCACAGAUGAUUGGUCUUGCUCAAGGUGCCUAUGAUAUCGCUUUGCCCUAUCUCUUCCAACGCAAGCAGUUUGGCCAACCCAUUGGUAACUUCCAAGCUAUGCAACAUCAAUACGCUCAAAUUGCCACUGAGAUCGAGGCUGCUCGUCUUUUGACCUACAACGCUGCUCGCUUGAAGGAAGAAGGAAAGUCCUUCAUCAAGGAAGCUGCAAUGGCCAAGCUUUACUCUUCCCAAGUUGCUGAAAGAUCUGCAUCAAAGGCUAUUGAGUGGAUGGGUGGCAUUGGCUUCACCCGCGAGACUGGUGUUGAGAAGUUCUACCGAGAUGCAAAGAUCGGUGCCAUCUACGAGGGAACCAGCAACAUUCAACUCCAGACCAUCGCUAAACUUAUUUCUGAAGAAUACAAAUAA